AUGGAAAAGGACAACUCAGGAGCAAAUGGAGAUCAUCCAGAGCAGCCUAGACAACCGAGCAGUCUUCAGGGCCUUCUGAAAUUUGCCAUGGAAGCUACUAAGAAGGAAGAUGCUCCUCAGGACAGUACAAUGGAGCCGAUGAACCCAGAGGAUCGGAAGUUUCUGGAAGAGGCUCUGAAGAGCAUGACUGUGGAUGUUUGCAAGGAAUUGACUGAUGCUCUUAAAGUUAUCAUGGAUUCUUCGUCCUCAGAGUCUGACCAAGUGGAUGCUAUUGAGACGAUUAAUCACUACAUAUUGAGCAUAGAUCAGGCGGAUAAUUUCCACAAAAUUGGCGGAUUUAUCAUACUGAAACCAUGCCUGAAAUCCCCUUUUGAGAGUGUGAGAGCAGAAACUGCUGGUCUAAUCACUGAUCUGGCCCAAAACAAUCCCUACUGUCAGCAGCAGCUUAUUGAGAAUAAGAUGCUCCAGGAACUUACACCGCUGCUGAACCAACCAGAGCCAAUAUGCACUCGAGCGAUGUCUGCAAUUUCUGCCAUAGUGACAAACUUCCAACCGGGGAUGGAGAAUCUAUUUACAAGCGGAGAAAUUGACAAGAUUGUGGCUGUUCUGGAGGCUCGGAAAGAGAAUCGACUUAUCACAAAAAUUACUUUCUUCCUUUCCGCAAUUCCAGAGUGCCAUCCGGACUUUGUGGAUAAGUUCCUGGACAUGGGCAUCAUGAAGUACCUCGCAAGACACAUUGCUCCAGUCACUGGAGAGGAAUUAGAAAACUCUCAAGUGAUGAACAAGCUCCAAAACAUUCUGCAAGCCACAGUAAACUUUUGCUCACAUAACAGAGCUCGAGAUGAUUUGAAAUUUGCAGCAAAAGAUCUUCCUGCGAGACUCGAAGAUAUAGCUAAAGUGGCCAGAAGCGAUGAAGCAUUCAUGGAAAUUCAGGAAAGUGCCGAAAAACUCAUGCAAAUGCUGAAAUAA